GGGGGGGGUAGUGUAGUGUAAUUACAGAGUGUGUAGCAGACUUGCUCCACUCAAUACCCAGCCUGCCACAUCACUAUGGACACAACAGAAUACAAGACUGUUUUAGCUGUUUUUACACUCUUCAAUGUUCUGGUGAUAUGCUGGUGUGCCCCUCAACGGUUCUGCGAGCCUGGACACGAGGCUCUGGGUAACGUACUACUGUAUUCAUUCAUAACCUUCAUGGCUGCUUAUGCAUUAUGGAGCUGUUGAAGUAAGUCAUGAGGUCGUUUCAGAGACUAAUUAUAUAUUUUUUUCAUGUGUGGUUAGAAAAGGGAAUAGUCUUGUUUUACUGCAGCCUAGCAGUCUAUUCAGAUUAGUGUUGUUAACUCCAGUCUAUCCAGAUUAGUGUUGUUAACUGCAGUCUAUCCAGAUUAGUGUUGUUAACUCCAGUCUGUCCAGAUUAGUGUUGUUAACUCCAGUCUAUCCAGAUUAGUGUUGUUAACUCCAGUCUAUCCAGAUUAGUGUUGUUAACUCCAGUCUAUCCAGAUUAGUGUUGUUAACUCCAGUCUAUCCAGAUUAGUGUUGUUAACUGCAGUCUAUCCAGAUUAGUAUUGUUAACUGCAGUCUAUCCAGAUUAGUGUUGUUAACUGCAGUCUAUCCAGAUUAGUAGUGUUAACUGCAGUCUAUCCAGAUUAGUGUUGUUAACUCCAGUCUAUCCAGAUUAGUGUUGUUAACUCCAGUCUAUCCAGAUUAGUGUUGUUAACUGCAGUCUAUCCAGAUUAGUGUUGUUAACUCCAGUCUAUCCAGAUUAGUGUUGUUAACUGCAGUCUAUCCAGAUUAGUGUUGUUAACUCCAGUCUAUCCAGAUUAGUGUUGUUAACUGCAGUCUAUCCAGAUUAGUGUUGUUAACUGCAGUCUAUCCAGAUUAGUGUUGUUAACUGCAGUCUAUCCAGAUUAGUGUUGUUAACUGCAGUCUAUCCAGAUUAGUGUUGUUAACUGCAGUCUAUCCAGAUUAGUGUUGUUAACUGCAGUCUAUCCUGAUUAGUGUUUGUUAACUGCAGUCUAUCCUGAUUAGUGUUGUUAACUGCAGUCUAUCCGAUUAGUGUUGUUAACUGCAGUCUAUCCAGAUUAGUGUUGUUAACUGCAGUCUAUCCAGAUUAGUGUUGUUAACUCCAGUCUAUCCAGAUUAGUGUUGUUAACUGCAGUCUAUCCAGAUUAGUGUUGUUAACUCCAGUCUAUCCAGAUUAGUGUUGUUAACUGCAGUCUAUCCAGAUUAGUGUUGUUAACUGCAGUCUAUCCAGAUUAGUGGUUUUGUUAACUGCAGUCUAUCCAGAUUAGUGUGUUAACUGCAGUCUAUCCAGAUUAGUGUUGUUAACUGCAGUCUAGCCAGAUUAGUGUUGUUAAUGCAGUCUAUCCAGAUUAGUGUUGUUAACUCCAGUCUUUCCAGAUUAGUGUUGGUAACUGCAGUCUAUCCAGAUUAGUGUUGUUAACUCCAGUCUAUCCAGAUUAGUGUUGUUAACUGCAGUCUAUCCAGAUUAGUGUUGUUAACUGCAGUCUAUCCAGAUUAGUGUUGUAACCGCAGUCUGUCCAGAUUAGUGUUGUUAACUGCAGUCUAUCCAGAUUAGUGUUGUUUUAACUGCAGUCUAUCCAGAUUAGUGUUGUUUAACUGCAUCUAUCCAGAUUAGUGUUGUUAACUCCAGUCAAAUCCAGAUUAGUGUUGUUAACUGCAGUCUACCCAGAUUAGUGUUUAACGGCAGUCUAACCAAUUAGUGUGUUAACUGCAGCCCUAUCCAGAUUAGGGGUUGUUAACUGCAGUCUACCAGAUUAGUGUUGUUAAUGCCAGUCUAUCCAGAUUAGUUUUUGUUAACUCCAGUCUAUCCAGAUUAGUGUUGUUAACUGCAGUCUAUCCAGAUUUUUGGGUUGUUAACUGCAAGUCUACCCCGAUUAGUGUUGUUAACUGCAGUCUAUCCAAUUUUUGUUGUUAACUGCAGUCUUCCAAUUAGUGUUGUUAACUGCAGUCUAUCCAAUUAGUGUUGUUUAACUGCAGUCUAUCCAAUUAGUGUUGUUAACUGCAAGUCUAUCCAUAUUAGUGUUGUUAACUGCAGUCAUACCAGAUUAGUGUUGUUAACUCCAGUCUAUCCAGAUUAGUGUUGUUAACUGCAGUCUAUCCAGAUUAGUGUUGUUAACUGCAGUCUAUCCAGAUUAGUGUUGUUAACUCCAGUCUAUCCAGAUUAGUGUUGUUAACUCCAGUCUAUCCAGAUUAGUGUUGUUAACUGCAGUCUAUCCAGAUUAGUGUUGUUAACUGCAGUCUAUCCAGAUUAGUGUUGUUAACUCCAGUCUAUCCAGAUUAGUGUUGUUAACUGCAGUCUAUCCAGAUUAGUGUUGUUAACUGCAGUCUAUCCAGAUUAGUGUUGUUAACUGCAGUCUAUCCAGAUUAGUGUUGUUAACUCCAGUCUAUCCAGAUUAGUGUUGUUAACUGCAGUCUAUCCAGAUUAGUGUUGUUAACUGCAGUCUAUCCAGAUUAGUGUUGUUAACUGCAGUCUAUCCAGAUUAGUGUUGUUAACUGCAGUCUAUCCAGAUUAGUGUUGUUACCCCCAUAUUUUUACGCAGUCUAUCCAGAUUAGUGUUGUUAACUCCAGUCUAUCCAGAUUAGUGUUGUUAACUGCAGUCUAUCCAGAUUAGUGUUGUUAACUGCAGUCUAUCCAGAUUAGUGUUGUUAACUGCAGUCUAUCCAGAUUAGUGUUGUUAACUGCAGUCUAUCCAGAUUAGUGUUGUUAACUGCAGUCUAUCCGAUGAGUGUUGUUAACUCCAGUCUAUCCAGAUUAGUGUUGUUAACUGCAGUCUAUCCAGAUUAGUGUUGUUAACUGCAGUCUAUCCAGAUUAGUGUUGUUAACUGCAGUCUAUCCAGAUUAGUGUUGUUAACUGCAGUCUAUCCAGAUUAGUGUUGUUAACUGCAGUCUAUCCAGAUUAGUGUUGUUAACUGCAGUCUAUCCAGAUUAGUGUUGUUAACUGCAGUCUAUCCAGAUUAGUGUUGUUAACUGCAGUCUAUCCAGAUUAGUGUUGUUAACUGCAGUCCUAUCCAGAUUAGUGUUGUUAACUGCAGUCUAUCCAGAUUAGUGUUGUUAACUGCAGUCUAUCCAGAUUAGUGGUUGUUAACUGCAGUCUAUCCAGAUUAGUGUUGUUAACUGCAGUCUAUCCAGAUUAGUGUUGUUAACUGCAGUCUAUCCAGAUUAGUGUUGUACUGCAGUCUAUCCAGAUUAGUGUUGUUACUGCAGUCUAUCCAGAUUAGUUGUGUUAACUCCAGUCUAUCCAGAUUAGUGUUGUUAACUGCAGUCUAUCCAGAUUAGUGUUGUUAACUCUAUCCAGAUUAGUGUUGUUAACUGCAGUCUAUCCAGAUUAGUGUAUAACUGCAGUCUAUCCAGAUUAGUGUGGUUAAACUGCAGUCUAUCCAGAUUAGUGUUGUUAACUCCAGUCUAUCCAGAUUAGUGUUGUUAACUGCAGUCUAUCCAGAUUAGUGUUGUUAACUGCAGUCUAUCCAGAUUAGUGUUGUUAACUCUAUCCAGAUUAGUGUUGUUAACUGCAGUCUAUCCAGAUUAGUGUUAUUAACUGCAGUCUAUCCAGAUUAGUGUGGUUAACUGCAGUCUAUCCAGAUUAGUGUUGUUAACUCCAGUCUAUCCAGAUUAGUGUUGUUAACUGCAGUCUAUCCAGAUUAGUGUUGUUAACUGCAGUCUAUCCAGAUUAGUGUUGUUAACUGCAGUCUAUCCAUAUUAGUGUUGUUAACUCCAGUCUAUCCAGAUUAGUGUUGUUAACUGCAGUCUAUCCAGAUUAGUGUUGUUAACUGCAGUCUAUCCAGAUUAGUGUUGUUAACUGCAGUCUAUCCAGAUUAGUGUUGUUAACUCCAGUCUAUCCAGAUUAGUGUUGUUAACUGCAGUCUAUCCAGAUUAGUGUUGUUAACUGCAGUCUAUCCAGAUUAGUGUUGUUAACUCCAGUUUAUCCAGAUUAGCCUAUAGAGUGCCUGUCUACAAUGACCCACCUCCCCUUGGUCCUUUUGUUCAACAGAAAAACCCAAACCCGUGGCAGCAGAUCCACAAGGUGCUGCCACGAGAGGUGACUGUAUAGUUCCCUUAAGGAAAAGCACCUUUAGUCAAUCUGCUUUCUCUGUGAGAGCUUCCCCUGCCUGGAGCACACUGCUAUCAGACACACACAACGGCUCCACCUAUCACACCUUCACAGAGAACAUAAAGGCCAAUCAGACCAGUGAACAUAAAGACAUGGCUGAAGGCCAAUCAGACCAGUGAACAUAAAGACAUGGCUGAAGGCCAAUCAGACCAGUGAACAUAACCCCUAGCUGUGCAUCGCCGCUUUCCAUGUUAUCUGUUGUCUGUAGCUUGUGAGGUGUGGGAAACACUUUGUUGCUUUUUUAGUUUUAUUGCUUGUUUUAUGUGUUUCUCUGUCUGCGUGCUACGUGUUGCUUGUCCUGUGUUUCUCUGUCUGCGUGCUACGUGUUGCUUGUCAUGUGUUUCUCUGUCUGCGUGCUACGUGUUGCUUGUCCUAUGUUUCUCUGUCUGCAUGCUACGUGUUGUUUGUCCUGUGUUUCUCUGUCUGCGUGCUACGUGUUGCUUGUCCUAUGUUUCUCUGUCUGCGUGCUAUGUGUUGCUUGUCCUAUGUUUCUCUGUCUGCGUGCUACGUGUUGCUUGUCCUAUGUUUCUCUGUCUGCGUGCUACGUGUUGCUUGUCCUAUGUUUCUCUGUCUGCGUGCUACGUGUUGCUUGUCCUAUGUUUCUCUGUCUGCGUGCUACGUGUUGCUUGUCCUAUGUUUCUCUGUCUGUGUGCUACGUGUUGCUUGUCCUGUGUUUCUCUGUCUGCGUGCUAGGUGUUGCUUGUCCUAUGUUUCUCUGUCUGUGUGCUAGGUGUUGCUUGUCCUAUGUUGCCCUGCAUGUUGCUCACUGCUCAUUGUCAGUCUGUAUUGUUAUUGUAAUGGUUUUUAAUAACCUGGGCAGGGACUGCGGUUGAAAAUGAGCCGGCUGGCUAAAACCGGCACUUUUACUGAAACGUUGGUUAAUGUGCGCCGUCCCUGUAGAAAUACGCUCAGACUCAGUACGACAUUUUAGUUUGAUUUACAAAUGGAUAUUUGUCUUAUAGACUGAUAAUUCCAUAAUAUAUGAUUCUGCAAAUAUAUGACAUAACCUGCAUUAUAAUGCGGUAGUAAUUUUUUUCUCCCCUCAAUCAAAUCAGGUUACUAGUAUUUUAAGUCAGGUUACUGGUAUUUUAAGUCAGGUUACUAGUAUUUCAAGUCAGGUUAAUAGUAUUUUAAGUCAGGUUACUAGUAUUUUAAGUCAGGUUACUAGUAUUUCAAGUCAGGAUAUUAGUAUUUCAAGUCAGGUUAAUAGUAUUUUAAGUCAGGUUACUGGUAUUUGAAGUCUGGUUACUAGUAUUUCAAGUCAGGAUAUUAGUAUUUCAAGUCAGGGUAAUAGUAUUUUUAAGUCAGGUUACUAGUAUUUUAAGUCAGGAUAUUAGUAUUUCAAGUCAGGUUAAUAGUAUUUAAGUCAGGUUACUGGUAUUUGAAGUCUGGUUACUAGUAUUUCAAGUCAGGAUAUUAGUAUUUCAAGUCAGGUUAAUAGUAUUUUAAGUCAGGUUACUAGUAUUUUAAGUCAGGUUACUAGUAUUUCAAGUCAGGAUAUUAGUAUUUCAAGUCAGGUUAAUAGUAUUUUAAGUCAGGUUACUGGUAUUUGAAGUCUGGUUACUAGUAUUUCAAGUCAGGAUAUUAGUAUUUCAAGUCAGGGUAAUAGUAUUUUUAAGUCAGGUUACUAGUAUUUUAAGUCAUGUUACUAGUAUUUCAAGUCAGGUUAUUAGUAUUUUAAUUCCAACCCACAGAUAAGUCCAAUAUCCGUUUAUAAGUGCAAUAUAAUUUUAUUAAAAGUUUCAAAGUAAAUCUGAUCACAGACGAUGAUGCUUCGUCUAUGUUGGUGUCUGACGUUCUUUCUGGAAUGGACGUUUUACCUUUGACUCUGCUUCCCUCUAGCGUCUGUUCACCAACGUUGCUUCAACUAAUACACUAAUCCAGUGGUUCUCAACCCUCUCCUUGGGGACCCCCCCAGACGUUUCACCAUGUUGUUGUAGCCCUGAACUAUUUCACCUGAUUACCCUAGUAAAGGACUUGAUGAUUAGUUGACAAGUUAAAUCAGGUUUGCUAGAUGUGCAAUAGAUUAAAUACAUGGUAAGUCUGGGGGAUCUCGGGGAGAGGUUGGAGAUCCACUGCAGAAGGCUACAUAAAGUCUGGGGGAUCUCGAGGAGAGGUUGGAGAUCCACUGCAGAAGGUUACAUAAAGUCUGGGGGUUCUCGAGGAGAGGUUGGAGAUCCACUGCAGAAGGCUACAUGUACUUCUGUUGUGAUGUGUUUUGUAUUUUGUAUUUUGCAGGAAGAUGCAACAACAGUCCAGCUGAAGAAAAAUGUAAGUGAUUCACUGAACUUUUUUAUUGUUAUAAGGAAAGAAAGAAAUAUAAAAAUGGAUUGUAAAAUAUAUAUUAUGUAUGGUAGUCCAAGUCAACUGUAUAGCAGUCAACUAUAGCUUACAGUGUUUAUAGUGUACAUACCACGUGGAUUUGUGUCAAUUCAUCUAUAUAUGUUGUCUGUAUAUUCUGUUUAUUGUCUAUAUAUUCUGUUGUCUGUAUAUUCUGUUUAUUGUCUGUAUAUUCUGUUUGUUGUCUGUAUAUUCGGUUUAUUGUCUGUAUAUUCUGUUUAUUGUGGCAGUACCAUUUAACAGAGUCAAAUUCCUUUCCAUGCAAAUGUAGCAAGAUGGAACAAGCCUGUACAUAGCUGUCGUCUGCAUCCCAAAUGGCUAUAGUGAAUAGGGUGCCAUUUGACUAGGGACCAUAGUGAAUAGGGUGCCAUUUGACCAGGGACCAUAGUGAAUAGGGUGCCAUUUGACCAGGGACCAUAGUGAAUAGGGUGCCAUUUGACAAGGGACCAUAGUGAAUAAGGUGCCAUUUGACCAGGGACCAUAGUAAAUAGGGUGCCAUUUGACCAGGGACCAUAGUAAAUAGGGUGCCAUUUGACCAGGGACCAUAGUAAAAGGGGUGCCAUUUGAUCAGGGACCAUAGUGAAUAGGGUGCCAUUUGACCAGGACCAUAGUAAAUAGGGUGCCAUUUGACCAGGGACCAUAGUAAAUAGGGUGCCAUUUGACCAGGGACCAUAGUAAAUAGGGUGCCAUUUGACCAGGGACCAUAGUAAAUAGGGUGCCAUUUGACCAGGGACCAUAGUGAAUAGGGUGCCAUUUGACCAGGGACCAUAGUGAAUAGGGUGCCAUUUGACCAGGGACCAUAGUAAAUAGGGUGCCAUUUGACCAGGGACCAUAGUAAAUAGGGUGCCAUUUGACCAGGGACCAUAGUGAAUAGGGUGCCAUUUGACCAGGGACCAUAGUGAAUAGGGUGCCAUUUGACCAGGGACCAUAGUGAAUAGGGUGCCAUUUGACCAGGGACCAUAGUAAAUAGGGUGCCAUUUGACCAGGGACUAUAGUAAAUAGGGAGCCAUUUGACUAGGGACCAUAGUAAAUAGGGUGCCAUUGGACCAGGGACCAUAGUGAAUAGGGUGCCAUUUGACCAGGGACCAUAGUGAAUAGGGUGCCAUUUGACCAGGGACCAUAGUAAAUAGGGUGCCAUUUGACCAGGGACUAUAGUAAAUAGGGUGCCAUUUGACUAGGGACCAUAGUAAAUAGGGUGCCAUUGGACCAGGGACCAUAGUAAAUAGGGUGCCAUUUGACCAGGGACCAUAGUAAAUAGGGUGCCAUUUGACCAGGGACCAUAGUGAAUAGGGUGCCAUUUGACCAGGGACCAUAGUGAAUAGGGUGCCAUUUGACCAGGGACCAUAGUAAAUAGGGUGCAAUUUGACCAGGGACCAUAGUAAAUAGGGUGCCAUUUGACCAGGGACCAUAGUGAAUAGGGUGCCAUUUGACCAGGGACCAUAGUAAAUAGGGUGCCAUUUGACCAGGGACCAUAGUAAAUAGGGUGCCAUUUGACCAGGGACCAUAGUAAAUAGGGUGCCAUUUGACCAGGGACCAUAGUAAAUAGGGUGCCAUUUGACCAGGGACCAUAGUAAAUAGGGUGCCAUUUGACCAGGGACCAUAGUGAAUAGGGUGCUAUUUGGAAAGCCUCCAUAGUUUAAGAGAGGACAGGAACAUUAGUUUGAACCCUGUGGGGAUGUUCUGUACUGUCGCUGUCUGUCUGGGAUGAUUUAAAAUACAGUUAGAGAUAUCACUUCAGGAGAUAACAGAGAUAUGUAUUGUUGAUAAAAACCUUAGUAACGUUCAGAGAACAUUAUAAGAAUGUUAUUUAAAAACAUACAUUCUGUUCUCAGAACGUUAAGAAAACGUUCCAUAAAAACCACAAGAAAUCUUUAGUAAUGUUUAGAGAACGUUCUAAGAAUGUUAUUUAAAAACAUACAUUCUGUUCUCAGAACGUUAAGAAAACGUUCCAUAAAAACGACAAGAAAUCUUUAGUAAUGUUAAGAGAACGUUCUAAGAAUGUUAUUUAAAAACAUUCCGUUCUCAGCAUCAACAAAACUCUCUCUAUCCUCUACCUUGUUCUGGUGUGUUCUGGUGUGUUGGCCACGCCCACUAAUCGGCCACACCUGAUCUUAAUGAGAACUUGUUUCCUUUGAAACGGGGUCUGUUUCAAUAGGCCAAACGGAAACCCUAAACAGAUUAACCCCCCCCCCCCAAAACAACUAAUCUCUUACAGUCUCGUUUCGGCAAAAAAAAUUAUCUUGUUGUUUUGGAAAAGGAAGGAAGCUACCUCUGCCAAAUUAUGGCUCAGCGAUUUGGCAAACACACUACACUUAGAAAGAAUUAGAUAUAUUCUGAGCCAUACAUUAUCAACAUUUCAUCAAAUCUGGCAGCGUCUCCUCUCUUACUUUGGACCAUUCGGCGCCGUGAAUUUGUACAUUUUAACGCACUCUCACUUGUAAUAUUUUAAUCUACCCUUGGGCAGCGUGUGUUUUUCCCCGGCACCUGGGGAAGGGAGACCUCUGCCCUUGUUCUGUAUGACUUAUUUAGUGUUGUUUAUUUGGAACUCUGGGUACUUUUCCUAUCUGUCUGCUAUUUCAUGUUUACAUAAGAUUUGCACACUUGUCUUUUCUACAAGAGACCUUUACACCAGUCUUGUGUGUGUUCAAUAAAAAAAUAUUUGAACGAGACUAAUGCCAUGAAUAGACAACAGAAGGUCAUAGGUUAAAAAUCUCACUGAUGCUGUGCCACAAUAACAAAGAAAUGUGAUUAACGCCUAAGCAAAUUAAUUUGCAUGUGUCCUAUCUGCUUGGAGCACAAAACAGGUAACUCAAAACUAAGAUAGCAGUGCUGUUAAGAGUCUUAUUGAAACAUGUUCUCAGAAAGUUAUUUAAUUUCCGUUUCUCAGAACGUUAAUAAAAAACCUCCCAGGAAAACUUUCAAGGAACCUCCCUGCAACCCAAAAAAUGUACGUUCCAAGAACGUUCCGUUUUACAGGUCAGGAAACCUAUGGCUACGUUCCCAGAAACGAAUGGGAAACCAAAAAACUUAUGUUCCCACAACUUCCAAGGAACCAGAUGUGCUAGCUGGGUAAAGUCCCUUAGGUCUUGAGUAAGUCCUAUAACAUAAUUAAUAAUAAUAAUAUGCCAUUUAGCAGAAGCUUUUAUCCAAAGCGACUUACAGUCAUGCGUGCAUACGUUUUUGUGUAUGGCUGGUCCCGGGGAUCGAACCCACUACCUUGGCGUUACAAGCGCCGUGCUCUACCAGCUGAGCUACAGAGGAACACAUACAUCAACAAUUACAUCAACAGUGUAGACAGUAAAGCGUGACCUGGUUCAGUGGCCAAACGCUGUCCAACAAUGCAGAUAGAAACGCCAUGACUAGAGCCGCCAUGAUUCCUUGUUCUACGUGUCAGAGAGGCAUGUUCAACACAGCAUACUGUAUUUCUAUCUGUACGUUCCAAAAAUGUUGUGUCCUGCUGAAUGUGCCUCAGAUCUCCUCUCACCGCUAAGCAGUGUAACCUGGGUUACUAGAUCUCCUCUCACCCCUAAGCAGUGUAACCUGGGUUACCAGAUCUCCUCUCACCCCUAAGCAGUGUAACCUGGGUUACUAGAUCUCCUCUCACCCCUAAGCAGUGUAACAUGGGUUACUAGAUCUCCUCUCACCCCUAAGCAGUGUAACCUGGGUUACCAGAUCUCCUCUCACCCCUAAGCAGUGUAACCUGGGUUACCAGAUCUCCUCUCACCCCUAAGCAGUGUAACCUGGGUUACCAGAUCUCCUCUCACCCCUAAGCAGUGUAACCUGGGUUACCAGAUCUCCUCUCACCCCUAAGCAGUGUAACCUGGGUUACCAGAUCUCCUCUCACCCCUAAGCAGUGUAACCUGGGUUACUAGAUCUCCUCUCACCCCUAAGCAGUGUAACCUGGGUUACCAGAUCUCCUCUCACCACUAAGCAGUGUAACCUGGGUUACUAGAUCUCCUCUCACCCCUAAGCAGUGUAACCUGGGUUACCAGAUCUCCUCUCACCCCUAAGCAGUGUAACCUUGGUUACCAGAUCUCCUCUCACCCCUAAGCAGUGUAACCUGGGUUACUAGAUCUCCUCUCACCCCUAAGCAGUGUAACCUGGGUUACCAGAUCUCCUCUCACCCCUAAGCAGUGUAACCUGGGUUACCAGAUCUCCUCUCACCCAUAAGCAGUGUAACCUGGGUUACCAGAUCUCCUCUCACCCCUAAGCAGUGUAACCUGGGUUACCAGAUCUCCUCUCACCCCUAAGCAGUGUAACCUGGGUUACCAGAUCUCCUCUCACCCCUAAGCAGUGUAACCUGGGUUACCAGAUCUCCUCUCACCCCUAAGCAGUGUAACCUGGGUUACCAGAUCUCCUCUCACCCCAAAGCAGUGUAACCUGGGUUACCAGAUCUCCUCUCACCCCUAAGCAGUGUAACCUGGGUUACCAGAUCUCCUCUCACCCCUAAGCAGUGUAACCUGGGUUACCAGAUCUCCUCUCACCCCUAAGCAGUGUAACCUGGGUUACCAGAUCUCCUCUCACCCCUAAGCAGUGUAACCUGGGUUACUAGAUCUCCUCUCACCCCUAAGCAGUGUAACCUGGGUUACUAGAUCUCCUCUCACCCCUAAGCAGUGUAACCUGGGUUACCAGAUCUCCUCUCACCCCUAGCAGUGUAACCUGGGUUACCAGAUCUCCUCUCACCCCUAAGCAGUGUAACCUGGGUUACCAGAUCUCCUCUCACCCCUAAGCAGUGUAACCUGGGUUACCAGAUCUCCUCUCACCCCUAAGCAGUGUAACCGGGGUUACCAGAUCUCCUCUCACCCCUAAGCAGUGUAACCUGGGUUACCAGAUCUCCUCUCACCCCUAAGCAGUGUAACCUGGGUUACCAGAUCUCCUCUCACCCCUAAGCAGUGUAACCUGGGUUACCAGAUCUCCUCUCACCCCUAAGCAGUGUAACCUGGGUUACCAGAUCUCCUCUCACCCCUAACCCUCCUCCUCUCCUCCCCAGCGGUGUGUUCAGAGAUGAACCUGGGUUACUGCAACGACCUGGACUACUCCAGGUGAGUCUUCUGGUUACCCUCCCUUACUAUAAACAGAGGCUGCUAUAAACAGAGGCUGCUAUAAACAGAGGCUGCUAUAAACAGAGGCUGCUAUAAACAGAGGCUGCUAUAAACAGAGUCUGCUAUAAACAGAGUCUGCUAUAAACAGAGGCUGCUAUAAACAGAGGCUGCUAUAAACAGAGUCUGCUAUAAACAGAGUCUGCUAUAAACAGAGUCUGCUAUAAACAGAAUCCGCAUCCCAACCGGCACCCUGUUCCCUAUAUAGUGUCCUUCUUUUCACCAGGGCCCACAGGACUCUAAUCAGAAGUAGUGCACUAUAUAGGGAAUAGGGUGCCAUUUGGGACCCAAGCAGAGUCAUGUCCCCUCCCUCCCUCCCUCACUCUAGAGUGAAGAUAUUUCCCACAUGGAAAUGGAAGAGAAUCACUUUGUUUGAGAAAAAAAACAUUACCAAUAUGUUGUCAUCUACUUGACUGAUUGAUACAUUGACUGAUCGACAGACUGAUUCACAGAUUGAUUGAGUGACUGACUAAUUGAUUAAAUAAUUGAUUGAUUUGCUCGACUGACUGGUCAACAGACUGAUCGACGGAUUAACAGACCACUCAAUCGACAGACUGAUCGACAGAUCGACCGAUCAAUCAAUCAUAUCGAUCAAUUGCCGGUCUCUCCCCCAGGACCAUCUUCCCUAACAUCCUAGGUCAGCGGUCUCGUCAUGAGGUGGAGUCUGGAGCUGAGUACCUCCUCCUGUCUGUGGUCCAUGGUCUCCUCAACGGGGAGUGUUCCCCUGACAUCCGUCUGCUGGGGUGCUCCGUCCUCGCCCCGCGCUGCCAGGACCUACCCAGCCCCGCGCCCGUCAAGGUGUGUCCCUGCUAGCACAUUUGGUUCCUUGGAACAUUUACAUUUACAUUAUUUAGCAGACGCUCUUAUCCAGAGCGACUUACAGGAGCAAUUAGGGUUAAGUGCCUUGCUCAAGGGCACAUCGACAGAUUUUUCACCUAGUUGGCUUGGGGAUUAGAACCAGCGACCUUUCGGUUACUGGCACAACGCUCUUAACCACUAAGCUACCUGCCGCCCAACGUACGGCUACAAAGCCUUACGUUUCCUGACCGGAAAGGAAGUUAACAUUUUCACCUGUUCCUGGGAACAUAACAUUUUAUGUUGCAGGGAGGUUCUGAGAACGUUUUACUAUGGUUCCCUGAAGGUUUUCCCGGGAGGUUUUAUUAACGUUCUGAGAACAGAAAUUAUAAACGUGUUUCAUUAAGACACUGCUAGCUUAACUGUUUUGAACUUGAAGUACAGCUAGGACACAUGGAAAUGAAUUUGCUUAGGCAUUAAUCAUGCAAAUACUUUUAUUGUGCCACAGGGUCAGUGAGUUUCAAACCUAUGAUCUUCUGUUCUCUAUCCAUGGCAUUAGUCCACUGCACCACCAGGAUGGAGUUAACAUGCCAUUUUAAAAAAAACUCAUACAAAGGUGUUCAUUUUAAUCUAUUCAAACAGACCCCGUUUCAAAGGAAACAAGAUCUCAUUAAGAUGAGGUGUGGACAAUUAGUGGGCGCAGCUCAACACACCUGAACACACUUAACAUUUCUAAGAAUGUUAUUUAAAAAACGUAUAUGUUACGCUUUCAGCACCAACAAGAGCAGAGUAUUCAGAGUUUUGUUGGUGCUGAAAGCGGAACAUAUACGUUUUUUUAAAUAACAUUCUUAGAACGCUAAUGUUUUCUUUUGGUUUUUAAUGUUCUGAGAACAUUACUUUAAAUAGCACCGUGAGGAAACUGCAGAAAAUGUUUUGCUGAAGUAUUGAAAUUCCCACAGAAGCAAGUUUUUUUUAACUUUCUCUGAACUAUUUGAGGACAUUCCCAAUUUCAAACCAGUUGGAGAACAUUCCUAGAACAUUACCAAACAUUUAAUUAAAUGUAAUCAUGUUUUAACUUUUAGGAAAUGUUCUGUUUAAACUAAUGAAACGCAAAGAAAAUAAUGUUAUUUUGUCAAGUUCCUUAAAUGUGCUGAGAAUGUUCCAAAGCCAAGCAACCAUCCUGCACCGUUCCCAGAACGUUGUGGGAAGGUUGUAUGGAAAAUAACCACAGGACAACCACGCUCCCACCAAGCUCUAUGACACAUAUGGUUCUCAGAACGUUAUGUGCUAGCUGGGGAGGAUGUGAGGAAGAAAUAUAGGGUUCUCAGAACGUUAUGUGCUAGCUGGGGAGGAUGUGAGGAAUCAAGGAAAUACAAUUUGAGAUUCAACGUGUAAAAGUCCCUACAUGUGGUGUCAGGAUUAGUAGAACAAACUAGUCGAUAACCGAUUGUAACAGUGUGUUUGUGUGGGUGUGGAAGGGGUUGGACACCGGAUGGUACAGGAUCCAUCUCACAUGGAUUAAUACAGUAUUCUCCUCCUCCUCCUCCUCCUCCUCCUCCUCCUCCUCCUCCCCCUCCUCCCCCUCCUCCUCCUCCCCCUCCCCCUCCCCCUCCUCCUCAUUCUUCUCCUCCUCCUCAUCCUCCCCCUCCUCCUCCUCCUCCUCCUCCUCCUCCUCCUUCUUCUUCUUCUUCAGUCGUGCCGCAGUACGUGUGAGGCGGUGAGGAAGGGGUGUGGCCAUGCGUUCGAGGGCAUCGACAUGGCGUGGCCUUACUUCCUAGACUGUGACCGGUUCUUCGCCAGCGAACAGGAAGGCUGUCACGACCCGCUGGCCCCGUUAAGAGGUAGCCCUAAUGGAAUUGUACAUGUUAAAAACGUGUUGGAUAUUUAAUAAUUACACAAUAUGAGUUUUUACUGUACUGCAACGCAUUGAAUUUUAUCUUCCUGUCUUAGCAUUCACAAACACCUUAAAAGAUAGUUUGGACGGAGUGCAUUUUUAGUUCCUAAAUACAUUACAAAUGUAUUGGAAAGAGCUUACGAAGGAAUUUAACAUCCCAUGGAUGAAACGUGUUAGAAUUGCAAUCGUAAUGUGUGUCCCGGAUAUUGAAAUCAGUGUCAGAAAACCCAUUAUGUUCAAUUCAGGUAAUCUCCCUCCCCCUUCCUCCCUAUCUCUCCCCCCCCCGCCCCCGCCCCCGCCCCCGCCCCCCGCCCCCGCCCCCUCUCCUCCUCCGCCCCCCCCCCCCCCCCCCCCCCCCCUUCAGCCAGACAGGAAGUGGCUUUCUCCAACCUGUCUCCAGACGAACCCUCCACCAUCAUUCAGUUCACAUACCACUCCAACGCCCAGAUGUACAGCGUUCUGAAGAGGACCGCUGCCAAGUGCUCCCACAUCUCCAAAACCUACAGGUACUGGUCGUUGUCUGCUGCUGUUUUUGACAUGAAAUAUCCCCUCGGGGGACCAAUAAAGUACCUCUCUAUCUAUCUACAGUAUCGGACGCAGCACAGAGGGGAAAGACCUCCUGGCCAUAGAGUUCACAGACAACCCCGGAGGGCACGAACUACGUGAGUGUGUAGUGAUUUAAGGUGUUGUGAUUUCUGGGGGUUUGAACUGCACAGCAAUGGGGGCAAAGUGAUCUAGGGAGCCUAUUGAUACAUGGCAAGUUGAGUACCUCCUGCACCUUUAACGUCUUCUAACAUGAACUUUGACACAGGUUUAGUCCUUCUUGAGCAAUCUUUCCUGUCUCUCUACCCCUCUCUCACCCCCUCCCCUCCUCCCCCAUCUCUCCUUCCCUCCUCCCCUCCUCCCCCAUCUCUCCUUCCCUCCUCCCACCUCCCCUCCUCCCCCAUCUCUCCCUCAUCUCUCCCUCCCCCCUCCUCCCCCAUCUCUCCCUCCCUCCUCCCCCAUCUCUCCCUCAUCUCUCACCCCCUCCCCUCCUCCCCCAUCUCUCCCUCUCUCCUCCCCCCCUCCCCUCCUCCCCCAUCUCCCCCCCCCCCCCCCUCCUCCCCCAUCUCUCCCUCCCUCAUCCUCCCCCAUCUCCUCCUCCCCAUAUCUCCUCCCCCAUAUCUCCUCCCCCCAUCUCUCCUUCACCUCCUCCCCAUAUUUCCUCCCUCAUCCUCCCCAUCUCUCCCUCCCCCAUCUCUCCCUCCCCUCCUCCCCCACCUCUCCUCCCCUCCCCCCCUCCCCCCUCCUCCCCCUCUCCUCCCCUCCCCCCCUCCCCCCCUCCUCCCCCACCUCUCCCCUCCCCCCUCCUCAGUGGAACCAGAGAUCAAGCUGGUUGGCAACAUGCAUGGCAACGAGGUCCUGGGUCGCCAACUGCUGCUCUACCUGGCCCAGUACCUGUGUUCCGAGUAUCUCCUUGGCAACCAGCGCAUCCAGACGCUCGUCAACACCACGCGCGUCCACAUCCUGGCGUCCAUGAACCCCGACGGUUAUGAGCUGGCGGCCGCCGAGGUAGAGGCUAGCAACGACCCGGAACAACAACCACACUACAACCAGGAAGUAAAUCACAGAUGAAUAAAAAACGUCGAAGCCGGUCCGACCAACCGCCGCAUAGAGAUAGAAGGAGGCCACGCCUCCUAUCUUCUCCAUAGAGAUAGAAAGAGGCCACGCCUCCUAUAUUCUCCAUAGGGAUAGAAAGAGGCCACGCCUCCUAUCUUCUCCAGUAUAGCGUCUGUGACAGCAUGGGUGGGGGCACUCUCUUUCUAAGCCCGCCCCUUUCCAACUGCCUAUCAUCUACCUGAGCUCUCCUAUUGGUCUAGCCCCUCCCACUACCAGAGAGAGAGAGAGUGAUAGUGUCCUUAACCAAUCAGCAAGACCAGUCAGUAAGACUGUUGUCAUGGAAACGCAAUGACUUUAUUUUUUUGGGUGUAACCGUGUUUAAGGUCGAAAAAAAAAACAAGGACCUGAACCUUCUUAACACUGCUAGAAAUCCCAAAACACAAGUUUUUCUUCCCACAACAAAUAAUUGAUAUUUAAUAGAUAGAACUUCUAGAUGUUUUCCCCAACAGCUGGCAGUGGGAAGAUCUAUUCUCUUCUUCUUCUUCUUCAUUUCUGUCUUCUUCACACAAACAGCAUGUCCUGUCUGCUACUGGACAGCUUGUUCUCUCCAGACGGAGACAUAGUCUGGCCCAAACGGCCCAAAAUGUUCUCUCCAGACGGAGACAUAGUCUGGCCCAAAUGGCCCAAAAAGUAAUGCACUAUAUAGGGAAUGAUCAUUGUGACUUGACUGGGAAAAUCUCUGGGCCCUCAUCCGGUCACAUGGUCAAGGAAACACUCCUGACCUCUUAUAGUCAUCCUAUCCAAUCACAUUCUUCUAAUCGACAUGACUUCCAUUACCCAUGAUGCUUCACUCUUCACUCCUCACCGUCAUGGUCCUGCAGGGUCGUGUGGUGUUGAACCAUGUCUAGGGUCACAAUCUCUACCGUGUGUCUGUGUCUGUGUGUGUGUGUGUGUGUGUGUGUGUGUGUGUGUCUGUGUCUGUGUCUGUGUCGUGUCUGUGUCUGUGUCUGUGUGUGUGUGUGUGUGUGUGUGUGUGUGUGCAGGGUCACGAGCUCAACGGUUGGACGGUGGGUCGCACCAACGCUCAGAACCUAGACUUGAACCGGAACUUUCCUGACCUGACUUCUAUUCUCUACCGGAAUCGCAGGAUCAAAGGUUUCCGCACCGACCACAUCCCCAUCCCAGACUCUUACUGGUUUGGUAAGGUAUGUAGCCACAACUCGCUACAUUGGUGUCGGAAGUGGGAUGGCGCCAGUGAGGCCAUCGGAGAGGUGUGACACAUGAGGGUUUUAACGAGCUUCUCUGUAGCAAGUCCCUCAGGUGUACGUACGUAACUCUCCGAUGGUAUGGGAACUUAGCUUUUUGUUGGUUUGGAUAAGUAUAGGACAUUCCUCCUGUUUUGGUAAGGUAUUUACAAGAGGUGUGCCGAGUAUUUGGACAAAACCAGUAUGGUAAGGGAUUUGCGCAAUUUUCAGGAUCCGAUAAAUGAUGCAAAUAUCUUUGUCAUGAUCUGUGAUGGGGAAAACAACCAUCUCUCUCAUGUCACUCAAACAGUGUGAGGUGGUGAUCCUCUGAAUAACUGAAUUCUGCUGUCUGUGAAGAAAUAGGCAGUUGAUCCUGCUGCUUGGACAGAGCAAAACUCUCCUCUCUCCUCUCCUCUCUCCUCUCCUCUCUCCCCCUCUCCGCUCCUCUCCUCUCUCCUCUCCUCUCUCCUCUCCUCUCUCCCCCUCUCCUCCCCUCUCCUCUCUCCUCUCCUCUCUCCUCUCUUCUCUCCCCCUCUCCUCUCCUCUCUCCUCUUCUCCGUCUCUCCUCUCAGGUAGCUUCAGAGACCUAUGCAGUGAUGAAGUGGAUCAGGUCUGUGCCGUUUGUCCAGUCUGCUAGCCUCCAUGGUGGAGAGCUGGUGAUCUCUUAUCCCUUUGACUUCUCCAGACACCUCCAUGAAGAGAGGAUGUUCUCCCCUACACCUGAUGAACAGGUACCCUGUCCUAUCCUACACCUGACCAACAGGUACCCUGUCCUAUCCUACACCUGACCAACAGGUACCCUGUCCUACACCUGACCAACAGGUACCCUGUCCUAUCCUACACCUGACCAACAGGUACCCUGUCCUAUCCCCACACCUGACCAACAGUACCUGUCCUACACCUGACCACGGGUACCCUGUCCUAUCCUACACCCUACCAACAGGUACCCCUGUCCUACACCUGACCAACGGGUACCCUGUCCUAUCUACACCCUGACCACAGGUUACCCCUGUCCUACACCUGACCAACGGUACCCUGUCCUUUCCUACACCGACCAACAGUACCCUGUCCCUGUCCUACACCUGACCACAGUACCCUGUCCUAUCCUACACCUGACCAACAGGUACCCUGUCCUGUCCUACACCUGACCAACAGGUACCCUGUCCUGUCCUACACCUGACCAACAGGUACCCUGUCCUAUCCUACACCUGACCACAGGUACCCCUGUCCUGUCCUACCUGACCAACAGGUACCCUGUCCUAUCCUAUACCUGACCAACAGUACCCUUCCUGACACCUGACCAACAGGUACCCUGUCCCUACACCUGACCAACAGGUACCCUGUCCCUGUCCUACACCUGACCAACAGGUACCCUGUCCUACACCUGACCAACAGGUACCCUGUCCUAUCCUAUACCUGACCAGCAGGUACCCUGUCCUACACCUGACCAACAGGUACCCUGUCCUAUCCUACACCUGACCAACAGGUACCCUGUCCUAUCCUACACCGACCAACAGGUUACCCUGUCCUAUCCUAAUACCUGACCAGCAGUACCGCUGUCCUACACCGACCAACAGGUACCCUGUCCUAUCCUACACCUGACCAACAGGUACCCUGUCCUAUCCUACACCUGACCAACAGGUACCCUGUCCUGUCCUACACCUGAUGAACAGGUACCCUGUCCUACACAUAGUUUAUGUCAGGUGUGAAAACCUCUUCUGUUCUGAGGCCCACUGAAUUCUUGGGGACAGAUUUUACAUUUUAAAGAGUGUGACUGUUUUCCUCUCUGCAGGGCUUUUAAGGCAGCUGCCCGGACGUACGCAGACUCUCACGCCAGCAUGGCCGACACCACACAGAGGGUGAUAUCUUUUAAGGUUUCACUUUUAAGGUAUCUAUUCCCCCCUUGUUAGAUUACGUUAAAAUUUCUAUUUCUAUUAGGUUUUGAGCUCCUUCAUCAGGAGCGGAGGCAUCAUCAACGGAGCUCUGUGGUACAGCUUCCCAGGGGGUAUGGAAACUUCUGUCUCUUCUCUCCUCCUCUCCUCUACGGAACCUUCUAUCUCUUCUCUCCUCUCCUCUACGGAACCUUCUAUCUCUUCUCUCCUCUCCUCUACAGAACCUUCUAUCUCUUCUCUCCUCCUCUCCUCUACGGAACCUUCUAUCUCUUCUCUCCUCCUCUCCUCUAUGGAACCUUCUAUCUCUUCUCUCCUCUCCUCUACGGAACCUAUCUCUUCUCUCCUCCUCUCCUCUACGGAACCUUCUAUCUCUUCUCUCCUCUCCUCUACGGAACCUAUCUCUUCUCUCCUCCUCUCCUCUACGGAACCUUCUAUCUCUUCUCUCCUCUCCUCUACGGAACCUUCUAUCUCUUCUCUCCUCUCCUCUACGGAACCUUCUAUCUCUUCUCUCCUCUCCUCUACGGAACCUUCUAUCUCUUCUCUCCUCUCCUCUAUGGAACCUUCUAUCUCUUCUCUCGCUCUCCUCUACGGAACCUUUAUCUCUUCUUUUCCUCCCUCUCCUCUAUGACACCUUCUAUCUCUUCUCUCCCUCCUCUACGGAACCUUCUAUCUCUUCUCCCCCUCCUCCCUCCCUACGGACCUUCUAUCUCUUAUCUCCUCUCCUCAGAACCUUUCUAUCUCUUCUUUCUCCUCCUCUCCUCUAACGGGACCUUCAAAUCUCUUCUCUCCUCUCCUCUAAACGAACCUUUCUGUCUCUCCUUUCCUCCUCUCCUCACCUUCCCCUUCUCUUUUCCUGUAUUCUGUGUGUUAACUCUCAGUACUGUGUGGUGUGUGUGUGUGUGUGUGUGUGUGUGUGUGUGUGUAUAUAUCUAAGGUUUGUGUGUCUAGUGUGUAUAUAUCUAAGGUGUGUGUGUGUGUGUGUCUAGUGUAUAUAUCUAAGAUGUGUGUGUGUGUCUAGUGUGUAUAUAUCUAAGGUGUGUGUGUGUUGUUUUGGUGGGUGUGUGGGGUGGUGUCAGUGUAUAUAUCUAAGGUGUGUGUGUCUAGUGUUAUAUCAAAGGUGUGUGGGGUGUGUCUAGUGUAUAUAUCUAAGGUGUGUGGUGUGUGUCCUAGUGUAAUAUCAAGGUGUGUGUGUGUGUUUUUCUAGUGUAUAUAUCUAGGUGUGUGUGUUUUCUAGUGUAUAUAUCUAAGGUUGUGUGUGUGUCUAGUGUAUAUAUCUAAGGUGUGUGUGUGUGUCUAGUGUAUAUAUCUAAGGUGUGUGUGUGUCUAGUGUAUAUAUCUAAGGUGUGUGUGUGUGUGUCUAGUGUAUAUAUCUAAGGUGUGUGUGUGGUCUAGUGUUAUAUCUAAGGUGUGUGUGUGUGUCUAGUGUAUAUAUAAGGUGUGUGUGUGUCUAGUGUAUAUAUCUAAGGUGUGUGUGUGUGUCUAGUGUAUAUAUCUAAGGUGUGUGUGUGGUGUGUGUGUGUGGGUGUCUAGUUUUAAAAGAUCUAAAGGUGUGUGUGUGUCAGUGUAUUUCUAGGUGUGUGUGGUCUAGUGAAAUUAUCUAAGGGUUUGUGUUGUGUGUGUGUCUAGUGUAUUACCCUAAGGUUGUGUGUGUCUAUGUAUAUAUCUAAGGUGUGGUGUGUGUCUAGUGUAAUAUCUAAGGUUUGUGUGUGUCUAGUGUAUAUAUCUGGGUGUGUGUGUGUGUCUAGUGUAUAUAUCUAAGGUGUGUUGUGGUGUGGUGUGUGUGUGUGUGUUUUGUGUGUGUGUGGUGUCUAUGUAUAUAUCAAAGGGUGUUGUUGUGUGUGUGUGUGUCUAUGUAUAUAUCAAGGUGUUGUGUGUGUGUCUAGUGUAAAAUAUCAAAGGGUUUGGGGUGUGUAUAUAUCUAAGGUGUGUGUGUGUGUCUAGUGUAUAUAUCAAAGGGUGUGGUGUGUGUGUGUGUGUUGUCUAGUGUAUAUCUAAGGUGUGUGGGGUGGGGUCAGUGUAUAUACUAGGUGUGGUGUGUGUGGUGUGUGUGGGUGGUGUGUGUGUGUGUGUGUAUAUGUUUGUGUGUGUUGUGUGUGUGUGUGUGUGUGGUGUGUCUAGUGUAUAUAUCUAAGGUGUGUGUGUGUCUAGUGUAUAUAUCUAAGGUGUGUGUGUGUGUCUAGUGUAUAUAUCUAAGGUGUGUGUGUGUGUCUAGUGUAUAUAUCUAAGGUGUGUGUGUGUUUGUGUGUGUGUUGUGUGUUGUGUGUGUCUAGUGUUAUAUCUAAGGGGGUGUGUGUUGUGUUUCCUAGUGUAUAUCUAGGUGGUGGUGUGUCUAGUGUAUAUAUCUAAGGUGUGUGUUUGGUCUAUGAAAUAUAUCUAGGUGGUUGUGUGUGUCUAGUGUAUAUAUCAAAGGUGUGUGGUGUGUCUAGUGUAUAUAUCUAAGGUGGUUGUGUGGUCUAGUGUAUAUAUCUAAGGUUGUGUGUGUGUUAGUGUAUAUUUUCUAAGGUGUAUGGUGUGUCUAGUGUAUAUAUCUAAGGUGUGUGUGGUUGGUGUGGGGUUUUGUGUUGUGUGUCUAGUGUAUAUAUCAAAGGGUUUGUGUGUGUGUGUCUAGUGUAUAUAUCUAAGGUGUGUGUGUGAUGUCUCCGGUACCGUAGGUAUGUCAGACUUUAACUACCUCCACACUAACUGUCUGGAGAUCACGGUGGAGCUGGGCUGUGACAAGUUCCCUUCUGAAGAGGAGCUCUACCCAGAGUGGCUCAGGAACAAGGAGGCCCUGCUCAGUUUCAUGGAGUCGGUGGGUCUGCGCCUCUGUAGCCCAGCGACCAGGCAGCCAUUUUGUGCCGUAGUUAUACUGUAGAAGUGUGUAUGUGUUAUCUACAGGAGGACAGCUGGCUCUUUGGAAUGGCUGGAAUGGAAUACAUGGAACGGUAAUAUGGAACAGAUGGAAACGUGUUUGAUACCGUUCCAUUCAUUCCAAUAUAGCCGUUACAAUGAGCUGACACCUUAGUAUUUAUUUUCACCAGCCUCCACUGACCUCAUCAUUCCCUGCCAUUCGCUGAUAGGUUAGAAACUUCCUGAAACUUUCCCAAAAUGUCCUGGGUUUCUAGAAAUCCUGAUUGGAAGAUUCCUGGAAUCAGGAGGGGAAAAAGCAGUCAAUCCUAUUCCCUGUUGCUCCAUGAUAUCCAUGUCAUUCCCCUAGCCUGAUAUUCCCUGAUGUUCUUCCCUGUCGUUCCUGCUGCAGGUCCACAGAGGUAUAAAGGGUGUGGUGAAGGAUGAGGAGGGCUAUGGAAAAAGGGAGCGUCCCAUAUCUGUCCAGGGGAAUACGUAAAGAUGUCAACCACAGUAACCACCACAGUAACUGUUAGCCGUAGUUCAGGAUCAUGUCUGCGUCCCAGACGGCUACUUCUGAGCCAGGGUGAGGGAGGGAGAGAUACGGGGGAGGAGAGGAUGAGGGAGGGAGAGAUGAGGGGGAGGAGGAGGGUGAGAGAGGGGUAGAGAGACAGGAAAGAUUGCUGAAGAAGGACAAAACCUGUAGGAUCACUGUGUAGGAAAUAAGGUUUCAUUUUGGGACGUGGACCAUAACUGGUUCAUAAUUGAGCUUUUUCCAGAUGCUCCAGCGUUUCCUCCACUGGUGGGGAAUGUAGAGACGUCGGAGCAGUUUACAACGCAAAAUGACAAUAAACAUUAUUCUGACAUUGCGUCAUCACUGGAGAGACGUGAUAUCAAGAACCAACAUUUUUCUCAAUGGGGGUUCCCUGUAAAACAAUGUCACGUAUCCCUCCCUCCCCCCCCUCCCGCCCCCCCCCCCCCCCCCCUCUCUCUCCUCUCUCUCUCUCACUCUCUCUCUCUCCUCCUCUCGCUCUCCUCUCUCCUCUCUCCCUCGCUCCCUCCCUCUCAUCCCUCUCUCAUCCUCCUCCCUCCUUCCCUCUCUCUCUCUCUCUCUCUCCCCCUCCCCUCCCUCCCUGCCCUCCCUCCAUCCCUCCCUCCCUCCUCUCUCGCAUCCUCUCAUCCCCUCUCCCUCCCUCCUGCCCUCCCCUUCUUCUCUGUGUGGGGGGGGGGCAUCCUCUCCUCCCUCUCUCUUCUCCAUCUCCCUCUCUCGUCUCCGCCAUCUCCCAUCUCUCAAUCAAGCUGGCGCGUCCUCGCACUCCUCUCUCUCUCUCUCUCUUCCUCUCUCCAUUCCUCCCUCAUCUCUCCUCGUCUCUCCUCGUCUCUCUCUCUCCUCUCUAUCUCUCGAGUCUCUCCUCGUCUUCCGCCUCCUCUCACUCUCGGGCCAUCCUCUCUCCUCGUCAAUUCUCUCCUCUCCCAUCUCCCAUCCGCCCUCCCGAAUCCCUCUCCAACAAUGGAGGGUCCCAUCUCCCUCCCUCUACCUCCCCUCCCGCCUCUCCUCGAGUUCUCGAGUAUCGUCCUCGUCGGCGCUCUCCUCAUCCUCUCUCUCCCUACAGCGGAGGAUGGACGUGUUACUGAGGUUAAUGAACUCAGGAACCCACUCAUAAAAACAGCGGCAGCUAAAGUUUUACCCAAGUCAGCACGAGAAUUUACCUGUCCUGCUCACAUGGAUACCCUGGCCGGGUCGAUUCGUGCUCAAAAGGUACUUGUAAGUUAGUGGUUUAUCUGUGGAUGUUUUUUGUGUCAGAUCGUGAUUCCGAUAGUGAUUUUGAUGUCAGUGUCAUGAGACUGAGAUAUAUUAUGGUUUGAUGUCAGUGUCAGGAUAAUCUGAGAUAUGUGAUGUUUGAUGUCAGUUCAUGAUAUCUGAGAUAUAUGAUUUGAUGUCAUCAUUGUUCAUAUACCUGAAUGUAUGAUGGUUAUGUCAGAGUGGUCCUUAUAUCUGAAGAUAUUUAUGUUGAUGUCAGUGUCAUGAUAAUCGAGAUAUUAUGAUGUUUGAUGUCAGUGUCAUGAAUACUGAGAUAUCUGAUGUUUGAUGUCCAGUGGCCUGAUCUCUGAGAUAGAUGAAUGUUUGAGGUCAGUGUCAUAUAUCUGAGAUAUAUUAUGUUGUGUCAGUCUCAUGAUAUCUGAGAUGUUAUGAUGUUGAUGUCAAUGGUCAUUAUAUCUGAGAUAUAUGAUGGUUUGAAUGGCAGUGUCAUGAUAUCUGAGAUAUAAUGAUGUUUGAUGUCAGUGUCAUGAUAUCUGAUUAAUAUGAUUUUGAUGUCAGUGUCAUGAUAAUCUGAGAUGUAUGAUGUUGUGAUGUCAUUGUCAUGAUAUCUGAGAUAUAUGAUGUUUGAUGUCAUGUCAUGAUAUCUGAGAUUGUAUGAAUUAGAUGGUCAGUGUCAUAUAUCUUAGAUAUAUGAUGUUUGAUGUCGUUUCAUUAUAAUCUGAGAUAUAUGAUGUUGAGUCGUGUCAUUAUAUCUGCGAUAUAUGAGUUUAAUGUCAGUGUCAUGAUCUCUGAGAUAUAAUGUUCCUCCACGUCCUCUUCCCCUCCUACCCUCCUCCCCUCCUCCUCCUCCUCCUCUCCUCCUCCUCCUCCCUCCUCCUUCCCUCCUCUCCAGGGUCUUCAUCAGUAAACCAGACACACCUGUUUGUGUUCCAUUUCCUAUCCCCCUCCCCCCUCCUCCCUCCUUCCCUCUCCCACUCCCCCCUCCCCCCUCUCCCCUCUCCCCCCCUCCCCCCUCCUCCCUCCCUCUCCUCCUCGCCUCCCUCUCCCGCUCCCCCCUCCUCCCCCCUCCGCCCCUCUCCCCUCGCUCCCCUCCGCCUCCCCCCCUCCUCCCUCUCCCCUCUCCCUCCCUCUCCCCUCUCCCUCUCUCCUCUCACUCUCCCCUCCCUCUCUCCUCUCUCCCCCCUCCUCCUCCCCCCUCCCCCCUCUCCCUCUCCCCGUCAUCCCCUCUCCCCUCGAUCAACCCUCUCCCCUCUCCCCUCGUCCCCAUCUCCUCCCUUUCCUCCUCUUCGUCCCUCUUCCCCUCCCUCUCCCUUCUCCCCCCCUCUCCUCCCUCCUUCCCCUCUCCCCCCUCCUCCCUCACCUCCCUCUCCCUCUCACCUACCUCUCAUUAAAAAUAUUUCUGUCCCUCUCCUCCAGGUCCCUGUACAGCCAGUAGGACCAGACUACCACCUGUUCCUCAGCUCCUCCCUGGACACCUACGACCGCUUCGACCCCUACAACCAGUUCCAGCGCUACGGCCGCACCGAGCCGGGAGAACCGGGAGAACCCAGGGAACCGGGGAUGGGAGGGGAACCGGGGAUGGGAGGAGAGCGUCAGGAGAAGCCGUGGUGGUGGAAUUACUUACCCAGGCAGGGGUCUCAGCUCCCACCUGGCUGCUACGCAAACUAGAGGACUGGACAGGAUAAAGACUAGACUGAAAUGGCACACUAUUCCCUUAUUUAGUGCACUACCUUUGACCAGAGCCCAUAGGGCAGAGGGCAGGGGUCCUUCCUUGUAGUAUGCAUCCCAAAUGGCACCCCUUUUCCUUAUAUAGUGCACCCUAUUCCCUAUAUAGUGCACAGCUGUAUAGGACUAUUUGGAAUGCCUCCUACAAGUCGAGGCAUGAAUUGGUUCUCAAUCUUUUUUGGUUUCUGUCCCCCAUCACAUUUAGCUCUGGCCGGAGUACCACCAACGUUCCCCUCAUGUUACCAGAAGGCCUGUGUUCUGAUCAGUCUUCCUAAGUAAGCUACGCCCGGUAGAUAUGACCCCCGUCCCCCAGGGGGUCUGAACAUGUGUUGUGUCCUGACCAGGAAAGACUCUGGGCUCCCAUUCAGAUAUUGGGUGUUCUAUUUAGAAUGUUUCAUUAAGUCAUUCUAAUCACAACAUUCUGCCUUCCUCAGUGUUCUAUUUAGAAUGUUUCAUUAAGUCAUUCUAAUCACAACGUUCUGCCUUCCUCAGUGUUCUAUUUAGAAUGUUUCAUUAAGUCAUUCUAAUCACAACAUUCCUCCUCUGAGUUCUGCCUUCCUCAGUGUUCUAAUAAUGCUUCUGUUUCAAUGUAUUUCUGUUACAACAAGUAGACUUGAGGAUCUAACAGGUUGGGACACACACAAACUCCUCUUUGCCUCUUAGUGGGGCUCAUUUGUCAUUUUUAAGGAUUGGGGGCAAAUUCUAAACACACAGACGGCUGGUGAAGAAUUACUGCCUUCAGGACUCAGCAUGUCUAAAGAUAGUCCGCUCCUCUCUGCCUCUCCCCCCCCCCCCCCCCCCCCCCCCCCCCCACCCUACCCUGAGUUGGAGAACACUGUUCUAGACACUGGUCAGUGGUGGUCAAACUUUCUAUGGCCCCUAUCUAUUUCCUUCACUAUGUUGACAAGGGCCCAUUGGCUCUGACAGAGACGUUGACCAGGGCCCUGACGGAGACGUUGACCAGGGCCCAUGUGAAAAGAAGAGCUAAUGUCAGCUGUGUCAGUCUAUAGCCUACCAGAAUCACAAACAUCUUCAUAAAUCACUAUUAGAUGUUUUGUCCGACUAAUGUUUUUAAUUUCAGAUUGGAUUAAUAAUGUAUAAAGGGAUGAACAAUCCAUUUGUUUUGCUGUUUUUUGUGAUUAGGAUGUCAUUAACAAUACUCACCACUGGAUGGCGCCACAGUACACGGAAAAAAAAAAAACGCCAGGCAUUCACGCUGCUUUGAUGGGAGAUGUAAUGAGUUAUUUUAACCACUAGAGGGCGUAAUCGUACAUGAAAUGAAUACCAGCUCACCUUUCACCCACAGGGGUGGAAAUGAAACUAUUCACGGAGAAUGAAAAACAAGAGAGUAGACAGAUGAGUAACAGUCCAGGCUUUCGGGUUUAGAGAGAUUAUGUUAUUCAAGUCUGUGCUAGGUCCCAAUUAUCUCUCCUUCCUGCUGAAGUGUGCACUCGUUCACUAGGCCUACUGCUCACAAAUGUAAAAAGCGUUGGGGAUUGGUGUCGUUGGAGACAUUGGCUAGAGAGAGUUCCGCAUCCCAGUCAUUCCCUUUCAAAUCUAUGAAAGGGAAACGAACAAGUGCACACUUAGGGGGGAGAAAGGAGAGAUAAUUUGGGACGCACAAAAGGCUUAUAGCAUGGCUACAGUCAGUUAUUCUCCUAUUAGCGACACAAAGGGAGGCAAGAGAAUUCAAUAGCUAGAAAGUAGUGAGUAGCCUGUAGGCUAUCUUUUCUAGGCUAAUUAUACUGAAGAAACAUAUAAGAAAAAAACGCAAAUUUCAAAGGUUUACUGAUUUUACAGUUCAUAUAAGGCAUCUGUCAAUUGAAAUACUUCAUUAUGCACUAAUCAUGGAUUUCACAUGACUGGGCAGGGUUGCAGCCGUGGGGGUCCUGGGAGGGCAUAGGGCCCACCCAUCUGGAGAGCCAGGCCCAGCCAAUCAGAAUGAGUUUUCCCCCUUCCCCCCACAAAAGGUCUUUUAGUCAUCAGAAAUACUCCUCAGUUUCAUCAGCUGUCCAGUUGGCGUCUCAGACAGUCCCCGCAUGUGAAGAACCGGAUGUGGAGGUCCUGGACUGGCGUGGUUCACGUGUCGGGGAUGUCCUGGCGGCGUGGUUUACAACUUUGUCCUGGGGAGGUCCUGGGCUGGUGUGGUUACACGUGGUCUGUGGGGUAUGGUCCGGGCUUGGCUUGGUUUCCACUGGUCUGGGGAGGGUCCUGGGCUGGGUGUGGUUACACCGUGGUCUGGAGUCCUGGGCUGGCGUGUUUCACACACGUGGUCUGGGGAGGUCCUGGUGGCUGGUUGUGGUUACACGUGGUCUGGGGAGGUCCUGGGCUGUGGGCGUGGUUACAACGUGGUCGGGGGAGGUCCUGGGCUGGCGUGGUUACACGUGGUCUGGGAGGUCCUGGGCUGGUGGGUUACACGUGGUCUGGGGAGGUCCUGUGGCUGGCGUGUUCACGUGGUCUGGGAGGGUCCUGGCUGGUGGGUUACACGUUGGGUCUGGGGAUUCCUGGGCUGGCGGGUUACACGUGGUCUGGGGAGGUCUGGGCUGGGCGUGGUUACACGUGGUCCUCUGGGGAGGUCCUGGGCUGGUUGGUUACACGUGUCCUGGGGAGGGUCACUGGGCUGGGCGUGGUUACACUUGGUCUGGGGAGGUCCUGGGGGGCUGGCGUGGUUACACGUGGUCUGGGGGAGGUCUGGGGGCUGUGGCUUGGUUCCACUUGUCCCUGGGGAGGUCCUGCUGGGCUGGUGUUGUUACCCACGUGGUCUGGGGAUGGUCCCCUGGCUGGGCGUGGUUUACAACGUGGUCUGGGGAGGUCCUGGCUGGCCGUGGAGGUCCUUGGGCUGGCGUGGUUACUCGUGGUCUGGGAGGUCCUUGGGCUGGCGUGGUUACACGUGGUCCUGGGGAGGGCCUGGGCUGGUGGCGUGGUUACAACCGUGCGUCUGGGGAGUCCUGGGCUGGCGUGGUUAUACGUGGUCUGUGAGAUCCUUGGCUGGGGCGUUACACGUGGUCUGGGAGGUCCUGGGCUGGCGCGGUUACACUUGGUCUGGGGAGGGUCCUGGGCUGACGUGGUUACACUGGUCGGGGGGGAGGUCCUGGCUGGCGUGGUUGUUUUCCCCGUGGUCUGGGGAGGUCCUGGGCUGGCGUGGUUUACACCGUGGUUUCUUGGAGGUCCUGGGCUGGCGUGGUUACACGUAGUCUGGGGAGGCCUGGGCUGGCGUGGGGGGACACGUGGUCCGGGAGGCCGGGGGGCUGGGGGCCGGUUACACGUGGUCUGGGGAGGUCCUGGGCUGGCGCUGGUUACACGUGGUCUGGGGAGGGUCCUGGGCUGGCGUGGUUACACGUGGUCUGGGGAGGUCCUGGGCUGGCGUGGUUACACGUGGGUCUGGGGAGGUCCUGGGCUGGCGUGGUUACACGUGGUCUGGGGAGGGUCCUGGGCGGGGUGGGGGCCGGCUGGCUGUGGUUACACGUGGUCUGGGGAGGUCCUGGGCUGGCGUGGUUACACGUGGUCUGGGGAGGUCCUGGGCUGGCGUGGUUACAGUGGGUCUGGGGAGGUCCUGGGCUGGCGUGGUUACACGUGGUCUGGGGAGGUCCUGGGCUGGCGCGGUUACACGUGGUUCUGGGGAGGUCUGGGCUGACGUGGUUACACGUGUAUGGGGAGGGUCCUGGGCUGGCGUGGUUACACGUGGUCUGGGGAGGUCCUGGGCUGGCGUGGUUACACAUGGUCUGGGGAGGUCCUGGGCUGACGCGGUUACACGUGGUCUGCGGUUGUGAGGCCGGUUGAACGUUUCUGCCAAAUUCUCUAAAAUAACGUUGGAGACGGCUUAUGGUAGAGAAAUGAACAUUCAAUUUUCUGGCAACAGCUCUGGUGGACAUUCCUGCAGUCAGCAUGCCAAUUUGCACGCUCCCGCAAAACUUGAGACAUCUGUGUCAUUGUGUAGUGUGACAAAAUUGCACAUUUUUUAAAGUGGCCUUUUAGUGUCCCCAGCACAAGGUGCACCUGUGUAAUGAUCAGGCUGUUUAAUCUGCUUCUUGAUAUGCCACACUUUUGUCAGCUGGAUGGAUUAUAUUGGCAAAGGAGAAAUAAGGUUUUUGUGCGUAUGGAACCUUUCGGGGAUCUUUUAUUUCAGCUCAUGAAACAUGGGACCAACACUUUCCCUGAGGCCUACUCUACCACAUCACUGUGAACACACACAUAUACACUGAACUAAAAUACACUGAACUAAAAUACACUGAACUAAUAUACACUGAACUAAAAUACACUGAACUAAAAUACACUGAACUAAAAUACACUGAACUAAAAUACACUGAACUAAAAUACACUGAACUAAUAUACACUGAACUAAAAUACACUGAACUAAAAUACACUGAACUAAUAUACACUGAACUAAAAUACACUGAACUAAAAUACACUGAACUAAAAUACACUGAACUAAAGCAGUACAUUCUGAAAAGGUUCCUGGACGACCCUUCGGGGGUUUCUUCAAACUGAAACACCCUUCGGGGGUUCUUCAAAAGGAAUCCUUCGGGGAGGGGGGAAUGCCUAUCUAUUAGUCCUUCUUUAAAAGGAAAUAACCCCUUUUAAUGGAUCCUCAAAUAACCUUUUGAUAAACCUUUUGAAUAACCUUUUGGGGUUCAUUGUUAUUAAUAAUUGUUAUUAUUAAUAAUAAUCAGCAUAACAAUACUAUUAUGAACAACAACAACACCAUAUUUUAGUUGUCAGUUUAUUAUGAUUUUAGUGGCAAAGAAGAAUUCAAAAAUCCAAAUAUGAGGUCAACUCCCAGCAGAGCCCCAUGUCCAGUGGGUAUAUCCUCUGGCGUGUUGAUGUUCAUGUCCUCUGUAUCCAUCCCCAAAAACACUUCAGUAAAUACUACAGUAUACUGCAGUCCUCAAAAACAGUAUAUACUACAGUUUUCUUAUACUACAGUAUACUCUAUAGUGUUUUUUCAUGUUUUCUUUCCAGGUCUGUGUUGUCUCUCUCUCUCUCUCUCUCUCUCUCUCUCUCUCUCUGUGUCUCCCUCUGUUCCUCUCUCUCGCCCUCUCCUUUCUCUCCUCUCUCCCUCUCCUUUCUCUCCUCUCUCUCUCUCUCCCUCUCUCUCUCUCUCUCGCUCUCGCUCUCGCUCUCGCUCUCUGUAUCUGCUAGGCCCCGGGAGGGGAGGCCUGCUCAAUGUGGCAGAGAUCAUUUGUUUGCUUUGCAAUUAUUUUCCAUCAGUGGACACAAAUUGAUUCAAACAGUACACAGAGGGAGAGAGAGAGAAACAGAGGGAGAGAGGGAGACAGAUGGACAGAGAGAGAGAGGAGGGAGACAGAGAGAGGGAGAGAGGGAGACACAGAGGGAUAGAGGGAGACAGAUGGAGAGAGAGAGAGAGAGAGAGAGAGAGAGAGAGAGAGAGAGAGAGAGACUGAGAGAAGGGGGAGAGAGAGAUUUUAGAAUAAGGCUGUAUCGUAACAAUGUGGAAAAAGUCAAGGGGUCUGAAGACUUUCCGAAAGCACAGUACACUAGGUUCACUAGGAGACAACAACCUCUCUCCCUCAACGUGACUGCAGUAGAAAGAGUCACCGUCCACAUCCCAGAGGACUUGCCAUGGACCAACAACAUCACCCACCUCUCUUGUCAAGAUGGCCCUAACAGCCUCUGUACUUCCUAAGGCGACUGAAGAGGCAUGCCGUCCCGGGUCCUCUCCAAAUACCACCGCUGCACCAUCGAGAGCGUCCAGAACGGUUUCAUCACGGGAAUUGCUCCGUCCACGACCGCAGCGUCCCUCCAGCGGGUGGUGAAGAUGGCCCAGUACAUCACUGGGACCGUGCUCCCACCCAUCCAGGACAUCACUGGGACCGUGCUCCCACCCAUCCAGGACAUCACUGGGACCGUGCUCCCACCCAUCCAGGACAUCACUGGGACUGUUUCUGUGUGUGUGUUUCUGUGUGUUUCUGUGUGUGUGUUUCUGUGUGUGUGUGUGUGUGUGUGUGUGUGUGUGUGUGUGUGUGUGUGUGUGUGUUUCUCUGUGUGUGUGUGUGUUUGUGUGUGAUCGCUGUAAGUCACUUCCUUCCAAAAACAUGCAUACAACCACAGACUUACCCACCCCUCUCCCUCCCUCACCCCUCCUCACCCUCAUCCUCUCACAAUGGCCGUCACAGGAGCUUACUGAAAAUGUCCUGUGAUAUCUCUCUCCUUGGUGUUGUUUUGAGAUCUCGUCCCAAAUGGCACCCUAUUCCCUUUAUAGUGCACUACUUUUAGACCAGAACUAUAUAGGGAUUGGGAUCCCAGGGCACGUAGGGUUCUGGUCAACAGUAGUGCACUACUUUUAGACCAGAACUAUAUAGGGAUGGGGAUCCCAGGGCACGUAGGGUUCUGGUCAACAGUAGUGCACUGCAAAGGGAAUACGGUGCCAUUUGGGACGCAGCUGGAGAUUUGUCUCCCGGGAGGCGUGAUGGUGGCAGGGUCGCACUGGGGUCACGCUGGGGGUCGUGACGACAAUAGCAGGUAGGAUCAGCUGACCCUGAAACGUAUUCAUUCACGCUUAGGGACCCAUUAAAAAAGCACAGGUUAGGGUGAGUGGCAAAUGGCACCCUAUUCCCUAUUAUGGUGCACUACUUUAGACAAGAGGCCUAUGGGUGUCCCUAUGAGGAUAAAGUAGUGCACUAUAUAGUGGGUAGGGUGCCAUUUGGGAACCAGACUUUGUCUCAGCCAGAGUGUGUUUACGGUCAGAGAUCCACUUCUCUCUUUCUUUCUCUGUUCGUUUUGGGUUUCUUUUUUAAAUGUUCCCUCUCUCAUUCUUACUUUCCUUCACUGUCAGUCAGUCAGUCAGUCAGUCUGCCUGCCUGCCUGCCUGCCUGCCUGCCUGCCUAUCAGCCAGCCAGCCAGCCAGCCAGCCAGUCUGUCCUUUGUGCUUUUGUCUGUAACCAAUAAUAUUUGUACCAUGUUUUGUGCUGCUACCAUGUUGUGCUGCUACCAUGUUGUGCUGCUACCAUGUUGUGCUGCUACCAUGUUGUGUUGCUACCAUGUUGUUUUCAUGUUGUGUUGCUACCAUGCUGUGUUGUCAUGUGUUUCUGCCAUGCUAUGUUGUUGUCUUAGGUCUCUCUUUAUGUAGUGAUGUGGUGUCUCUCUUGUCGUGAUGUGUGUUUUAUUUUUAAUCCCAGCCCCCGUCCCCGCAGCAGGCCUUUUGCCUUUUGGUAGGACAUCAUUAUAAGUAAGAAUUUGUUGUUAACUGACUUGACUAGUUAAAUAAAGGUAAAAAAAAAAAAAAAAAAAAAGUAUGUCUGUCUGUCUCCACCCUGUCUCUCUCUCUCUCUCCCUCUCGCUCUCUCUCUCCCUCUUCUCAAUCUCUCAUCUGUAUAGUUCGUGGGACAGAGAAGAAAGAGAAGGGAGAUGUUUAAAGGAAUGUUUCUGUCUCUUUGUUGGGUAGCUGGAGGGGUUCGUAUUACUGGUGACAGUUUCUUAGUCAGUCAGGCUCAACCAGAAACUGUUUACAAUGCAGAAGGUCUCUAUACUGUGUCUAUCAGUAGUUAUCCUAGCACUCAGUCCCAUAGUAAUGAAUGUAGUACUGCUGUCUAUCAGUAGUUAUCCCAGACCCCAGUCCCAUAGUAAUGAAUGUAGUACUGUCUGCAUCAGUAGUUAUCCUAGACCCCAGUCCCAUAGUAAUGAAUGUAGUACUGCUGUCUAUCAGUAGUUAUCCUAGACCUCAGUCCCAUAGUAAUGAAUGUAGUACUGUCUGCAUCAGUAGUUAUCCUAGACCCCAGUCCCAUAGUAAUGAAUGUAGUACUGCUGUCUAUCAGUAGUUAUCCUAGCCCUCAGUCCCAUAGUAAUGAAUGUAGUACUGCUGUCUGCAUCAGUAGUUAUCCUAGCCCUCAGUCCCAUAGUAAUGAAUGUAGUACUGCUGUCUGCAUCAGUAGUUAUCCUAGACCCCAGUCCCAUAGUAAUGAAUGUAGUACUGCUGUCUGCAUCAGUAGUUAUCCUAGACCUCAGUCCCAUAGUAAUGAAUGUAGUACUGCUGUCUAUCAGUAGUUAUCCUAGACCCCAGUCCCAUAGUAAUGAAUGUAGUACUGCUGUCUAUCAGUAGUUAUCCUAGACCUCAGUCCCAUAGUAAUGAAUGUAGUACUGCUGUCUGCAUCAGUAGUUAUCCUAGACCCCAGUCCCAUAGUAAUGAAUGUAGUACUGCUGUCUGUAUCAGUAGUUAUCCUAGACCUCAGUCCCAUAGUAAUGAAUGUAGUACUGCUGUCUAUCAGUAGUUAUCCUAGACCCCAGUCCCAUAGUAAUGAAUGUAGUACUGCUGUCUAUCAGUAGUUAUCCUAGACCCCAGUCCCAUAGUAAUGAAUGUAGUACUGCUGUCUGCAUCAGUAGUUAUCCUAGCCCCCAGUCCCAUAGUAAUGAAUGUAGUACUGUGUCUAUCAGUAGUUAUCCUAGACCCCAGUCCCAUAGUAAUGAAUGUAGUACUGCUGUCUAUCAGUAGUUAUCCUAGACCUCAGUCCCAUAGUAAUGAAUGUAGUACUGCUGUCUGCAUCAGUAGUUAUCCUAGACCUCAGUCCCAUAGUAAUGAAUGUAGUACUGCUGUCUGCAUCAGUAGUUAUCAUAGACCUCAGUCCCAUAGUAAUGAAUGUAGUACUGCUGUCUGCAUCAGUAGUUAUCCUAGACCUCAGUCCCAUAGUAAUGAAUGUAGUACUGCUGUCUGCAUCAGUAGUUAUCAUAGACCUCAGUCCCAUAGUAAUGAAUGUAGUACUGCUGUCUAUCAGUAGUUACCCUAGACCCCAGUCCCAUAGUAAUGAAUGUAGUACUGCUGUCUGCAUCAGUAGUUAUCAUAGACCUCAGUCCCAUAGUAAUGAAUGUAGUACUGCUGUCUAUCAGUAGUUAUCCCAGACCCCAGUCCCAUAGUAAUGAAUGUAGUACUGCUGUCUGCAUCAGUAGUUACCCUAGACCCCAGUCCCAUAGUAAUGAAUGUAGUACUGUGUCUAUCAGUAGUUAUCCUAGACCCCAGUCCCAUAGUAAUGAAUGUAGUACUGUGUCUAUCAGUAGUUAUCCUGGACCUCAGUCCCAUAGUAAUGAAUGUAGUACUGCUGUCUAUCAGUAGUUAUCCCAGACCCCAGUCCCAUAGUAAUGAAUGUAGUACUGUGUCUAUCAGUAGUUAUCCUAGACCCCAGUCCCAUAGUAAUGAAUGUAGUACUGCUGUCUGCAUCAGUAGUUAUCCUAGACCUCAGUCCCAUAGUAAUGAAUGUAGUACUGUGUCUAUCAGUAGUUAUCCUAGCCCCCAGUCCCAUAGUAAUGAAUGUAGUACUGCUGUCUAUCAGUAGUUAUCCUAGACCCCAGUCCCAUAGUAAUGAAUGUAGUACUGCUGUCUGCAUCAGUAGUUACCCUAGACCCCAGUCCUAUAGUAAUGAAUGUAGUACUGCUGUCUGCAUCAGUAGUUACCCUAGACCCCAGUCCCAUAGUAAUGAAUGUAGUACUGCUGUCUGCAUCAGUAGUUAUCCUAGACCCCAGUCCCAUAGUAAUGAAUGUAGUACUGCUGUCUGCAUCAGUAGUUAUCCUAGACCUCAGUAGUACUCUAGGUUGUCUGUCUAUACCUCAUGGUCCAUGCAACAUUUUGUAUUUUCACACUGUAAAUUAGAUUUUCAAAUCACGAACCAAGUCGUAGAAGUGUGAAUUUAAAACACACACACACACAGUUGGGUUGCGGAGUGACGACGGCCCUCUCUGGUUUCAGUGUGAGGUCAGGGGUCAAGACAGAAUCGCCCUGGGCCCGGCAGUGCGUGUAACAAGACCUAGCCAGUCACUGUAGUGUGUGAGUGUGAGUGUGUGUAGUGUGUGUGUGUGUGUGUGUGAGUGUGUGUGUGUGUGUAUGUGUAUGUGAGUGUGUAUGUGAGUGUGUAUGUGAGUGUGAGUGUGAGUGUGAGUGUGAGUGUGAGUGUGUGUGAGUGUGUGUGUGUGUGUGUGUGUGUGUGUGUGUAACCUAGCCAGUCACCAUUUGUGUGUAAUUCUUGUAUUUCCUCCUCAGGGUGACUCCUGUCAUCACACACAUCACUACAUCUAAUAUAGAGACUGUUUAGGUAAUAACUAGGCAGACGUAGCAAGCUUCAUAUAUUUAGAUUUGGUGGUGUGGUUAUUGUAAUUCAAAGGCAUUUACUGAAUCCCAGGAGUAAAAAUACCAUUAUCUAUUACUAUUAUUAUGUUCAGUGGAACACCAAUGACGUGUCUCCGUAGCUGGAGAGAUCAUUAUCUAAUACUGUUAAUAUGUUCAGUGGAACACCAAUGACGUGUCUCCGUAGCUGGAGAGAUCAUUACCUAAUACUAUUAUUAUGUUCAGUGGAACACCAAUGACGUGUCUCCGUAGCUGGAGAGAUCAUUACCUAAUACUAUUAUUAUGUUCAGUGGAACACCAAUGACGUGUCUCCGUAGCUGGAGAGAUCAUUAUCUAAUACUACUAUUAUGUUCAGUGGAACACCAAUGACGUGUUUCCGUAGCUGGAGAGAUCAUUAUCUAAUACUACUAUUAUGUUCAGUGGAACACCAAUGACGUGUCUCCGUAGCUGGAGAGAUCAUUAUCUAAUACUACUAUUAUGUUCAGUGGAACACCAAUGACGUGUCUCCGUAGCUGGAGAGAUCAUUAUCUAAUACUAUUAUUAUGUUCAGUGGAACACCAAUGACGUGUCUCCGUAGCUGGAGAGAUCAUUAUCUAAUACUACUAUUAUGUUCAGUGGAACACCAAUGACGUGUCUCCGUAGCUGGAGAGAUCAUUAUCUAAUACUAUUAUUAUGUUCAGUGGAACACCAAUGACGUGUCUCCGUAGCUGGAGAGAUCAUUAUCUAAUACUACUAUUAUGUUCAGUGGAACACCAAUGACGUGUCUCCGUAGCUGGAGAGAUCAUUAUCUAAUACUAUUAUUAUGUUCAGUGGAACACCAAUGACGUGUCUCCGUAGCUGGAGAGAUCAUUAUCUAAUACUAUUAUCAUGUUCAGUGGAACACCAAUGACGUGUCUCCGUAGCUGGAGAGAUCAUUAUCUAAUACUAUUAUCAUGUUCAGUGGAACACCAAUGACGUGUCUCCGUAGCUGGAGAGAUCAUUAUCUAAUACUAUUAUUAUGUUCAGUGGAACACCAAUGACGUGUCUCCGUAGCUGGAGAGAUCAUUAUCUAAUACUAUUAUUAUGUUCAGUGGAACACCAAUGACGUGUCUCCGUAGCUGGAGAGAUCAUUAUCUAAUACUAUUAUUAUGUUCAGUGGAACACCAAUGACGUGUCUCCGUAGGUGGAGAGAUCAUUAUCUAAUACUAUUAUUAUGUUCAGUGGAACACCAAUGACGUGUCUCCGUAGCUGGAGAGAUCAUUAUCUAUUAUUAUUAUUAUGUUCAGUGGAACACCAAUGACGUGUCUCCGUAGCUGGAGAGAUCAUUAUCUAAUACUACUAUUAUGUUCAGUGGAACACCAAUGACGUGUCUCCGUAGCUGGAGAGAUCAUUAUCUAAUACUAUUAUUAUGUUCAGUGGAACACCAAUGACGUGUCUCCGUAGCUGGAGAGAUCAUUAUCUAAUACUAUUAUUAUGUUCAGUGGAACACCAAUGACGUGUCUCCGUAGCUGGAGAGAUCAUUAUCUAAUACUAUUAUUAUGUUUAGUGGAACACCAAUGACGUGUCUCCGUAGCUGGAGAGAUCAUUAUCUAAUACUAUUAUUAUGUUCAGUGGAACACCAAUGACGUGUCUCCGUAGCUGGAGAGAUCAUUAUCUAAUACUGUUAUUAUGUUCAGUGGAACACCAAUGACGUGUCUCCGUAGCUGGAGAGAUCAUUAUCUAAUACUAUUAUUAUGUUCAGUGGAACACCAAUGACGUGUCUCCGUAGCUGGAGAGAUCAUUACCUAAUACUACUAUUAUGUUCAGUGGAACACCAAUGACGUGUCUCCGUAGCUGGAGAGAUCAUUACCUAAUACUACUAUUAUGUUCAGUGGAACACCAAUGACGUGUCUCCGUAGCUGGAGAGAUCAUUAUCUGAUACUAUUAUUAUGUUCAGAGUUAAAUUGUGUAAUCCGUAUCCCAAAUGGAACCCUAUUCAAUGUAGUGGACCACUAGCUCUAUGGGCCCUGGUCAAAAGUAGUGCACUAUGUAGAGAAUAGGGUGCCAUUCUCUGGUCUAAAGUAGUGCACUAUAUAGGGAAUAGGGUGCCAUUCUCUGGUCUAAAGUAGUGCACUAUAUAGGGAAUAGGGUGCCAUUCUCUGGUCUAAAGUAGUGCACUAUAUAGGGAAUAGGGUGCCAUUCUCUGGUCUAAAGUAGUGCACUAUGUAGGGAAUAGGGUGCCAUUCUCUGGUCUAAAGUAGUGCACUAUAUAGGGAAUAGGGUGCCAUUCUCUGGUCUAAAGUAGUGCACUAUAUAGGGAAUAGGGUGCCAUUCUCUGGUCUAAAGUAGUGCACUAUAUAGGGAAUAGGGUGCCAUUCUCUGGUCUAAAGUAGUGCACUAUAUAGGGAAUAGGGUGCCAUUCUCUGGUCUAAAGUAGUGCACUAUAUAGGGAAUAGGGUGCCAUUCUCUGGUCUAAUGUAGUGCACUAUAUAGGGAAUAGGGUGCCAUUCUCUGGUCUAAUGUAGUGGACCACUAGCUCUAUGGGCCCUGGUCAAAAGUAGUGCUCUUUGUAGAGAAUAGGGUGUCAAUUGGGACACAGAUUUGUACACUAACAUAUACACUACCAGUCAAAGGUUUGGACACACCAACUCGUUCAAGGGUUUUUCUUUAUUUUUACUAUUUUCUACACUGUAGAAUAAUAGUGAAGACAUCAAAACUAUGAAAUAACACAUAUGGAAUCAUGUAGUAACCAAAAAAAAGUGUUAAACAAAUCAAAAUAUAUUUUAUAUUUGAGAUUCUUCAAAGUAGCCACCCUUUGCCUUUGAUGACAGCUUUGCACACUGUGUAGCAAAUAGCUGGAAAAACAGCCCAAGCAAUGUUCUCAUGGCCUAUGCAGUGAGAACACACUCAAUACACUUUUAUUUUCCCAAAACUAAAAUCUGUUACGUACAGAGUGGACUAAGCUUGUUAGACUUUACCCUUUGCCAAAGUUUUUUUUAAACGGUGUUGUUUUGGGGUGCAACGGCAAAUUGAUAUAUAUUAUAUAUACAGUGGAGAGAACAAGUAUUUGAUACACUGCCGAUUUUGCAGGUUUUCCUACUUACAAAGCAUGUAGAGGUCUGUCAUUUUUAUCAUAGGUACACUUCAACUGUGAGAGACGGAAUCUAAAACAAAAAUCCAGAAAAUCACAUUGUAUGAUUUUUAAGUAAUUAAUUUGCAUUUUAUUGCAUGACAUAAGUAUUUGAUACAUCAGAAAAGCAGAACUUAAUAUUUGGUACAGAAACCUUUGUUUGCAAUUACAGAGAUCAUACGUUUCCUGUAGGUCUUGACCAGGUUUGCACACACUGCAGCAGGGAUUUUGGCCCACUCCUCCAUACAGACCUUCUCCAGAUCCUUCAGGUUUCGGGGCUGUCGCUGGGCAAUACGGACUUUCAGCUCCCUCCAAAGAUUUUCUAUUGGGUUCAGGUCUGGAGACUGGCUAGGCCACUCCAGGACCUUGAGAUGCUUCUUACGGAGCCACUCCUUAGUUGCCCUGGCUGUGUGUUUUGGGUCGUUGUCAUGCUGGAAGACCCAGCCACGACCCAUCUUCAAUGCUCUUACUGAGGGAAGGAGGUUGUUGGUCAAGAUCUCGCGAUACAUGGCCCCAUCCAUCCUCCCAUCAAUACGGUGCAGUCGUCCUGUCCCCUUUGCAGAAAAGCAUCCCCAAAGAAUGAUGUUUCCACCUCCAUGCUUCACGGUUGGGAUGGUGUUCUUGGGGUUGUACUCAUCCUUCUUCUUCCUCCAAACACGGCGAGUGGAGUUUAGACCAAAAAGCUCUAUUUUUGUCUCAUCAGACCACAUGACCUUCUCCCAUUCCUCCUCUGGAUCAUCCAGAUGGUCAUUGGCAAACUUCAGACGGGCCUGGACAUGCGCUGGCUUGAGCAGGGGGACCUUGCGUGCGCUGCAGGAUUUUAAUCCAUGACGGCGUAGUGUGUUACUAAUGGUUUUCUUUGAGACUGUGGUCCCAGCUCUCUUCAGGUCAUUGACCAGGUCCUGCCGUGUAGUUCUGGGCUGAUCCCUCACCAUCCUCAUGAUCAUUGAUGCCCCACGAGGUGAGAUCUUGCAUGGAGCCCCAGACCGAGGGUGAUUGACCGUCAUCUUGAACUUCUUCCAUUUUCUAAUAAUUGCGCCAACAGUUGUUGCCUUCUCACCAAGCUGCUUGCCUAUUGUGCUGUAGCCCAUCCCAGCCUUGUGCAGGUCUACAAUUGUAUCCCUGAUGUCCUUACACAGCUCUCUGGUCUUGGCCAUUGUGGAGAGGUUGGAGUCUGUUUGAUUGAGUGUGUGGACAGGUGUCUUUUAUACAGGUAACGAGUUCAAACAGGUGCAGUUAAUACAGGUAAUGAGUGGAGAACAGGAGGGCUUCUUAAAGAAAAACUAACAGGUCUGUGAGAGCCGGAAUUCUUACUGGUUGGUAGGUGAUCAAAUACUUAUGUCAUGCAAUAAAAUGCAAAUUAAUUACUUUAAAAUCAUACAAUGUGAUUUUCUGGAUUUUUGUUUUAGAUUCCGUCUCUCACAGUUGAAGUGUACAUAUGAUAAAAAUGACAGACCUCUACAUGCUUUGUAAGUAGGAAAACCUGCAAAAUCGGCGGUGUAUCAAAUACUUGUUCUCCCCACUGUAUAUUAUAACAUACAAUCUACUAGCAGUGAAGCCGCUCAACAUUUACAUCACAUCAGUCAUCUAACAGACUCCCAUCCAGAGCGACCCACAAAAGCAACCAGGGUCAACGCCCUGCUCAAAGGCACGUUGACAGAUCUCCCACAAGGUCAAAAACGGGAACCCGAACCAGCGACCUAUCAGCCCAGGGCCCAAGCUCCCAACCGCCAGGCCACCAGCCCUCCAAGAUCCCCCCCCACAGUUCCCCAAGAGCUGCCCCUCCAACCAUCCGAGACGGUUGACACACGGACACGUCACAUAGUAGGCGUUCCCUAACAGAAGUAUGCAAAUACAUGCUAGAAACGCGCCAAUAGGAUCUCGCUAGCUCGUGCUUGGCUCUGCCCACCUCCUUGCUUGUAAUGAUCCAAUUAAUUAGCCCGCUACAGUAACUUUGAGAAACAGUGAAAAAUAGUUUGGUCAAUUUUGGGGUCAAAAUAACCAGUUAUCUAUUUACCUUUCGAUAAGCAGCUAGCUAGUAGUGCACUAUACAGGGAGUAGGGUGCUGUUUAGGAUGCAGUUUUCAUAACAUUUCAUGUGUUGAUGCACAAACGCAACUUAGUGUGGAGUCUCGUAGGAAGGUUGGAGAGAGGGAAGCUAGUGUGGAGUCUCGUAGGAAGGUUGGAGAGAGGGAAGCUAGUGUGGAGUCUGGUAGGAAGGUUGGAGAGAGGGAAGCUAGUGUGGAGUCUCGUAGGAAGGUUGGAGAGAGGGAAGCUAGUGUGGAGUCUCGUAGGAAGGUUGGAGAGAGGGAAGCUAGUGUGGCGUCUCGUAGGAAG